GUCGCCUGGCCGUACAACACUGCGCCGUGCACACGUCGGGAUUGCACACCAUUCCAGAGAAAUAUACCUGCUCUUUAUGGCAUGUGGCUGGUAAUUUUAUUCCUGCUGUAUUCUUUUCAAGAAGUGCACAGCGAGGAUGUUGUCUCGACGCGGCUGUACUUUGUGAACGCCUCCCUGCAGCGAGUCACCUUCUCCAGCUCGGUGGGGGUGUCCCUGCCCUGCCCCGCGGGCGGCGCCCCCCAUGCCCUCCUGCGCUGGUACCUGGCCACCGGCGACGACAUCUACGACGUGCCGCACAUCCGCCACGUGCACGCCAACGGCUCGCUGCAGCUGUACCCCUUCUCCCCGUCCGCCUUCAACUCCUUCAUCCACGACAACGACUACUUCUGCACCGCCGAGAACCAGGCCGGCAAGAUACGCAGCCCCAGCAUACGGGUCAAAGCAGUGUUCAGGGAGCCCUACACGGUGCGCGUGGCCGACCAGCGCUCCAUGCGAGGCAACGUGGCUGUGUUCAAGUGCCUCAUCCCGGCCGCCGUGCAGGAAUACGUCAGCGUGGUAUCCUGGGAGAAGGACACCGUCUCCAUCGUCCCAGGGAACAGGUUCUUCCUGACGUCGUACGGAGCGCUCUACAUAUCUGAGGUUCAGAAGGAGGACGCUCUCUCCACAUACCGAUGCAUCACCAAGCACAAGUACAGCGGCGAGACCAGACAGAGCAAUGGGGCACGCCUCUCUGUGCUGGACCCCACAGAGUCCCCUCCGUCCGUGCUGGACAGUUUCCAGGCGGGGGAGGUGCAGGUGGGCAGGAGCGUGGAACUGCCCUGCGCCGCGUCCGGCUACCCCAACCCCGCCAUCCGCUGGAUAAAGGACGGACGGCCGCUGCCCAGCGACUCACGCUGGUCACGCCACCUCACCGGCCUCACGGUCAGUGACCUGCGUCUGGAGGACAGCGGCAACUACAUCUGCGAGGUCACCAACAGCUUCGGCUCCAAGGAGGUCACCGGACACCUCAACGUCAUCGAGCCGUUGCGGGUGACCUUGUCCCCUAAGAACCUAAAGACGGGCAUCAGCAGCACGGUGAUCCUGUCGUGUGCGGUCCAGGGUUCUCCCCACUACACGGUGUCGUGGUUCCGCAACACGGAACCGGUUCUCCCCGACCAGCACUUCUCCAUCCAGGGGACGCACAACGAGACACUGUUCAUCACCGCCGCACAGAAGCGCCACUCGGGCGCGUACCAGUGCUUCGCCACGCGCAAGGGCCAGACCGCACAGGACUUCUCCAUCAUCCUGCUGGAGGACGGGACGCCGCGGAUCGUGCAGUCCUUCAGCGAGCGCGUGGUGGCGCCGGGCGAGCCCUUCUCGCUCAUGUGCACGGCCAAGGGCGCGCCGCCGCCGACCAUCAGCUGGACGCUGGACGACGAGGCCAUCGCGCGGGACUCGGCGCUGCGGGCCAGCCAGUACACGCUCUCCGACGGCAGCACCGUGUCGCACGUCAACGUCAGCAACCCGCAGAUCCGCGACGGGGGCGUGUACCGCUGUGUGGCGCGCAAUUCCGCCGGCAGCGCCGAGUACCAAGCGCGCAUAAACGUAAGAGGUCCCCCCAGUAUCCGCGCCAUGCGCAACAUCACGGCGGUGGCGGGCCGCAACACCUUCAUCAACUGCCGCGUGAUUGGCUACCCGUACUACUCCAUCAAGUGGUACAAGGAGGGCAUGCAGCUGCCCGACAACCACCGGCAGAUGGUGUACGAGAACGGCACGCUGAAGCUGAGCGACGUGCAGAAGGGCAUGGACGAGGGCGCCUACCUGUGCAGCGUGCUCAUCUCCCCGCAGGUCUUCAUCACGCAGACCGUCUACGUCACCGUCAAAGUUCCUCCCCUCAUCCAGCCGUUUGACUUCCCGCCCACGUCCAUCGGGAAGCUGAUGUACGUGGCGUGCGUGGUGUCGUCGGGCGACAUGCCCAUCCGCUUCACGUGGCGCAAGGACGGCCAGGAGAUCCGGCACGACGGCAACUCGGGCGUCACCAUCGAGACCAAGGAGUUCAUGAGCUCGCUGCAGAUCUCCAAGGUGUCGCUCAAGCACAACGGCAACUACACCUGCAUCGCCAGCAACGACGCCGCCACCGUCAGCACCGAGAGACAGCUCAUCGUCACCGUUCCUCCCCGCUUUGAAGUCCAGCCCAAUAACCAAGAUGGCAUCUACGGCAAGUCAGGCAUCCUCAAUUGCUCGGUCGAUGGCUACCCCCCUCCCAAAGUGAUGUGGAAACAUGCCAAAGGGAACCCUCAGCAGUACCACCCAGUUCCUCUCACGGGCCGUAUCCAGCUCAUGUCCAACGGAUCGCUGCUGAUCCGACACGUUCUAGAGGAGGACCGCGGGUACUACCUGUGCCAGGCCAGCAACGGCGUCGGCUCCGACAUCAGCAAGAGCAUGAUGCUCACUGUCAAGAUCCCGGCGAUGAUCACGUCUCAUCCCAACACCACCAUGGCCAUCAAGGGUCAGAACAAGGAGCUCAACUGCACGGCUCGGGGCGAGUGGCCCAUCAUCAUCCGCUGGGAACGCGGCGACACCGUCAUCGACCCCGACCGCAACCCCCGCUACUCCAUCACCACCAGCCCCAACGAGAAGAGCGACGAGGUGGUCUCCACCCUCAAGCUUAUGCCAGCGGAACGUGGGGACUCUGUGUUCUUCUCGUGCCACGCCAUUAACUCCUAUGGAGAGGGCCGAGGCCUCAUCCAGCUCACUGUGCAAGAGCCCCCUGACCCGCCGGAGCUGGAGGUGCGGGAGGUGAAGGACCGCAGCAUGAACCUCCGCUGGACGCAGCGCUUCGACGGCAACAGCAUCAUCACCAGCUACGACAUCGAGUACAAGAACAAAUCCGACCCCUGGGAGCUGAAGCACUCCACGCGUAAGAUCUCCCCCACCAACAACCAGGCCAACAUUGUGGAGCUCCACCCGGCCAGUGUGUACAGCAUCCGUAUGUACUCCUACAACAAGAUCGGCCGCAGCCAGGCCAGCAAGGAGCUCACCAUCAGCACCGAGGAAGCACAACCUGAUGGGCCUCCCAUGGAAGUGACUCUGCUGCCCAUGACCUCACAAAGCAUACGGGUCACAUGGAAGGCUCCUAAGAAGGAGCUUCAGAACGGGGUGAUCCGCGGCUACCAGAUCGGCUACCGUGAGAACGGGCCGGGCAGUAACGGGCAGUACAGCAUCGUGGAGAUGAAGGCGACGGGCGACAGCGAGGUGUACACGCUGGACAACCUGAAGAAGUUCGCCCAGUACGGCGUGGUGGUCCAGGCCUUCAACCGCGCCGGCACUGGACCCUCCAGCUCCGAGAUCAACUGCACCACUCUGGAGGAUGUGCCCAGUCAGCCUCCUCAGAACGUGCGGGCGAUCACGGUGACGUCGGACGAGGCGGUGAUCACGUGGGCGGAGCCUCCACGCAUGACGCUGAACGGCGUGCUGAAGGGCUACCGCGUGGUCUACUGGUCCCUCUACCCAGACGGAGGUGGGUGCUGUGGGGGACGGACGCGGGGCGUGACCACGCAGAAGUGGGGAGAGAUGCAGAACAUCACCACCACGCGUGAGCAGGUGGAGCUCAAGGGGCUGGAGAAGUUCACCAACUACAGCAUCCAGGUGCUGGCCUACACACAGGCCGGUGAUGGAGUCCGCAGCAACGUCCUCUACAUACAGACACGAGAGGACCAUCCAGGUCCCCCUGCGGGCAUCAAGGCUGUGCCCGCCUCUGCCACCAGUGUGGUGGUGUCAUGGCUCCCCCCAAACAAGCCCAAUGGAAUCAUCCGCAAAUACACCAUCUACUGCUCCAGUCCCGGAUCAGGCCAACCGGCCCCUAGUGAGUACGAAGCCAGUCCAGAGGUGCUGUUCUACCGGAUCACACACCUGAACCGGGGUCAGCAGUACCUCAUCUGGGCAGCGGCCGUCACCACCGCAGGCCGCGGCAACAUGAGCGAGAAGGUCACCGUGGAGCCUGCUGGGAAGGCGCCUGCAAAGAUCCUGUCUUUCGGGGGUACGGUGACCACUCCGUGGAUGAAGGAGGUCAGGCUUCCGUGCAGCUCAGUGGGAGAGCCCACACCCACCAUCAAAUGGACCAAAGACAGCGAGGACUCCGCCAUCCCAGUGUCCCAGGACGGCCAGCGCCUCAUCAUGUCGGACGGAACCCUGGUGCUCCGCUCGGUCAAGGCGGAAGAUUCCGGCUACUACACGUGCACGGCCACCAACACGCUGGGCUUCGACACCAUCCUGGUCAACCUGGUGGUGCAAGUGCCUCCUGACCAGCCACGCCUGACUGUCUCCACCACCUCCACCUCCUCCAUCACCCUGGCCUGGAUACCUGGAGACAACGGAGGCAGCUCCAUCAGAGGCUUUGUGCUGCAGUACUCAGUGGACAACACUGAGGAGUGGCGGGACGUGUUCAUCAGCUCGAGCGAGCGCUCCUUCAAGCUGGACAACCUGCGCUGCGGCACCUGGUACAAGGUCAAGCUGGCCGCCAAGAACAGCGUCGGCGCCGGACGCAUCAGCGAGAUCAUCGAGGCCAAGACCCACGGGAGAGAGCCCCAGUUCAAUAAGGACCAGCCGCUGGUCACCCACAUCAACUCCACGCACGCGCGGCUCAACCUGCAGGGCUGGACGAGCGGCGGCUGCCCCAUCAGCGCCGUGCUGCUGGACUUCCGGCCCAAGGGCACGUGGGCGUGGCAGAGCGUGCGCACCAACGCCUCCGCCGACAUCUUCCUGGCCGAGCUGCGCGAGGCCACCUGGUACGAGCUCAAGAUGAAGGCCUGCAACAGCGCCGGCUGCGGCAACCAGACCUCGCAGUUCGCCACGCUCGACUACGACGGCAGCACUAUUCCCCCCAUCAAGUCUGCGCGUGGGGAGGGGGACGACGUGAAGAAGCUGUUCUCCAUCGGCUGCCCCGUCAUCCUGGUCACCCUGGGCAUGGCCCUGCUCUUCAUCAUCCGCAAGAAGCGCAAGGAGAAGAGACUCAAGAGACUACGAGAUGCCAAGAGCCUGGCUGAGAUGCUGAUUAGUAAGAACAAUCGCAGCUUUGACACCCCAGUGAAGGGGCCUCCGCAGGGCCCACGCCUGCACAUCGAUAUCCCCCGUGUCCAGCUCCUCAUCGAGGACAAGGAGGGCAUUAAGCAGAUUGGUCAGUCGCGUCCAUGUGAGGACAAGGCCACUAUCCCAGUGACAGACACAGAGUUCAGCCAAUCAGUGAACCCGCAGAGCUUCUGCACAGGCGUGUCUGUCCAUCACCCCGCCCUCAUCCAGAACACUGGCCCAUUGAUUGACAUGUCAGAUAUCAGACCAGGCACAAACCCUGUGUCGAGGAAGAGUGUGAAGUCUGCCCACAGCACGCGUAACCGCUACUCCAGCCAGUGGACGCUGACCAAGUGCCAGUCCUCCACGCCCGCGCGCACGCUCACCUCCGACUGGCGCACCGUGGGCUCCCAGCAUGGCAUCACCGUCACCGAGAGCGACAGCUACAGCGCCAGCCUGUCGCAAGACACCGAUAAGGGUCGGAACAGCAUGGUGUCGACGGAGAGCGCCUCGUCCACCUACGAGGAGCUGGCGCGGGCCUACGAGCACGCCAAGCUGGAGGAGCACCUGCAGCACGCCAAGUUCGAGAUCACCGAGUGCUUCAUCUCGGACAGCUCGUCCGACCAGAUGACCACGGGCACCAACGACAACGCCGACAGCAUGACGUCCAUGAGCACGCCGUCCGAGCCGGGCAUCUGCCGCUUCACCGCCUCGCCGCCCAAACCGCAGGACUACGACCGCGGCAAGAACGUGGCCGUGCCCAUCCCACACCGUGCCAACAAGAGUGACUACUGCAACCUGCCGCUGUACAUGAAGACGGACCCGUUCUUCCGCAAGCAGGCGGAGCUGCACGACCCGUGCCCGGUGGUGCCGCCGCGCGAGGCCUCCAUCCGCAGCCUGGCGGCGCGCGCCUACCACACGCAGGGCCGCCACAUGACGCUGGACGCCGCGUCCAAGCAGCAGCAGCAGCAGCAGGCGCUCACGCUGGCCCACGCCGGCCUCAGCAGCCUGACCAGCUCGGCCUCCGGCUCCGCGUCGCUCUCCUCCGGCCCGCAGUCCGCCAGCGCCGCCGGGAGCAGCAUCGCCACGGCCAGCGGGGUCAGCGUAGGGGUCAGCGGCGGCGGCGGCGGCGGCGGGACCGGCGGAGGAGGGAGCGGAGGAGGGGCGUCGAGCGGACCGAGCUCCGGAGCGUCCACGCUGCCCCAGAGGACUCUGACCAUGCCCGGCUCGGGGGCGGCGAGCGCGGCGGCGGCGGCGGCAGCGGCAGCGGCGAGCGCGGCGGCGGCGGCGGCAGCGGCAGCGGCGUCCGUCUCCGCGUCCGGUUCGGGAGCGUCGGGCGGCGGCGGCGGCGCGUCCGGUCAGAACCCGGGCUCGUCCAGCAAGGUGGGCGGCUCCAGAGACUCUCUGCUAGAGAGCAGCUCGUCCGGCCUGGGCAGACUGCAGAAGCAAAGCGCCGGCGCCUACUCCAAGUCCUACACGCUGGUGUAGCACAGCCCCGCAGCGCCCAACGCUGUGCCACCCUGCGC